ACAAAUGAGUAGCAGCCCCGUCACGUCUCCUACCCAGUCUCCAGCACCCUCUCCUGUCACCGGCCUCAGCAGUGUCUGCACAGGACUCAGUCCCCUUCCUGUCCUUACACAGUUCCCCCGGCCCGGGGGUCCAGCACAAGUGAUGGGCGCUACUCUCUCUUGGGCCAGCCAUUACAGUACAAUCUGUCCAUCUGCCCUCCUUUGCUCCAUGGCCAGUCGACUUACACAGUGCACCAGGGACAGAGUGGAUUGAAGCAUGGAAACCGGAGUAAGAGACAAGGUCUCAAAUCUGCCUCCAACUGACCUGGGGACCACGGAUGUCGUCCUGGGGCGGGUGCUGGAGGUGACAGAUCUUCCUGAGGGCAUCACUCGUACGGAGGCGGACAAACUCUUCACUCAGCUCGCCAUGUCCGGUGCCAAGAUCCAGUGGCUCAAGGACACUCGGGGGCUGCCUGCUGGGGGCGGGGGGAACAGUAGUGGGACUGCUGAGAAUGGUCGCCAUGCAGACCUUGCUGCCUUGUACACCAUUGUGGCUGUGUUUCCCAGCCCCCUGGCUGCCCAAAACGCCUCCCUUCGCCUCAACAACUCCGUGAGUCGCUUCAAACUUCGAAUGGCCAAAAAGAACUAUGACCUGAGGAUCCUGGAGCGAGCCAGCUCCCAAUAAAUCUGAGGGGAAAGGACUCGCACAGCAGGGGUGCGGGCAAGGUGGACAACUCCCUGGCAGACCAUGGACAGAGAGAGAGAGGAAGGCGACAGACACUAACUUGGAGCCUAAGACAGUAGGGAUGAAGAUAGAAACAGACAGACACACUGGCACUGGACUCCUUACUCCCUGCCAUGGGCCCCCUCUCCCUGGUUGGCCUCCCUCUGCUACCCUCUCCUUUCCAACCUCUCCUAUCAUUCUUUAUCUCUCCUCCCACCAUGAAAUGAAUUUCUCUCAUAUUUUUUGGUCAGGUAGAAUUGGGAGGGUUCUACACUCCCUGAUCUCCUAAUUUCCUUACCAUCCCAAGCUCCUUUUUCAUUUUUGGUCUUUAUGAAUAUAUUUAUAUGGAAAGAAUUAAGAAAAAUGAAAUUGAUUUCCCUUUCUUCUCACUUUUCCCAUCUUGUCACCCCAAGCCCCACAAAGGAGGCAGCCAAAGUUAAAACUUGGGCCUCUCCCUAACCCCCCAGAACACUUGUAUAUUGUUUGUUUGAGGUUCAUGCUGCAGUAACAGACAGUAUUUAAUUGCACAUACAGAUGUUUGCUAGGUAUAUUCACUGUAAAUUUUAUUUAAUCUGAUUUUUUGUUUGUUAGGGGGGUUACUGGGGGAAGGUUGAUUUUGUUUUUAAAUAUA